GAGUAGUACAUGUAGAUGGUUUUUUUCUCCACAGAGAAAUGUUCAGGGUUGUGGGUGGACCCAAAGAAGCGUGUUAGAUGGGUGAGUUCGCUCGCACACUUGAAUCGGAGGGACUGCAGAAGACGCACACAAGCACGCAAUCGACCAACCAUGGCGGCUUCUGAUCCCAACAAGUUGCUCGCCAAAGCUGAUAAGCUAACAACACUCAGUCUCACGAGGUGGAGUGCGGAUUGGAAAAGUGCUACUGCUCUAUAUGAGCAGGCAGCUAAUGGGUUUCGAGUUGCCAGGAACCAUGAGAAAGCCAAAAUAGCAUAUGAGAAAGCUUCAAAAGGACAAGAGAUGCUUUCAUCACCUUGGGAUGCGGCUAAGCACAUGGAAUCUGCCGCAGCUUUGGCAAAGGAUCUAAGUAAUUGGCAGGAAGUUGGGGACUUCUAUCGAAAGGCAUCUGAAUUGUACAUGGAGUGUGGGAGACCACAACCUGCAUCAGAUGCCCUUGCAAAGGCAGCCCGUGCUUUGGAAGAUAGCAUGCCUGAAGAAGCAAUUCAGCUAUAUACAGAUGCUUGUACAGCUCUUGAAGACGAUGGAAGAGAACAAAUGGCCUUUGACCUAUAUCGUGCUGCUGCUAAUGUUUAUAUAAAACUUCAAAAAUAUACAGAUGCAGCAUCUUUCAUGUUGAGAUUGGGCUUGGCAGCUGACAAGUGUAAUGCUACCAAUAGCCAGAGCAAGGCAUAUCUCAGUGCAAUUGUUAUCUACCUUUAUGCUGAUGACUUUAAGCAAGCUGAGAAGUGCUAUAAUGACUGUUCUCAGGUUGAUGCCUUUCUCAGAAGUGACCAGAAUCGUUGUGCUAGCAAGCUACUUGCUGCCUACACAGAUGGAGAUGUUGAAGAAAUCAAACGUAUUGCUCAGUCGAGUGGUAUUUCACAUCUUGACCAUGUGAUCAUUAGGCUUGCGAGGAAACUUCCAACCGGUGAUGUGAAUGCAUUAAAGGCUAAGAAUGCUNCUGAAGAAGAUGACCUUGAUGAAGACGACCUGACUUAAACUCUGGUUGUGUUCUUAUAUGUGUUUAUUUUAUAGGAGUGUUGAUGAACCCAUUUCAAUUUGAGGAGUAAAUUGAAUUGAUCAGUAUAUAUUGGUUUUUGUAUAAAAAUGUUUUGUAUAAUUGCGUGUAAUGCAGUGCAGGUAAUAAGAGGAGAGCUAAUUUUUUUUUUCACAA